AUGUCGAAGUGUCCUCGGGAGCCCUCGCCGGCCGCCUCCCGAGAGAAUUACCCGUUGCCUCCGGAGCCUUCCGCGGGGACAGUAACCGAGCGACUACGGGCAGUCGCAGAGUUCCUCCGAUGGGGACUUCCGCUGUGUCAGAGCCACACGGUGGAGUUCUACACCACGGGGCUCUGGGAGAAGUUCGUAGCUCUUCCUCCCGAGACGGUGCUGGGCGAGCUAAGCGGAGACAGGUUGCAGCGUCUCCUCCUGGAAGAGCCGACUCCGCAGCGCCCCUUAGAGGACGUCGCCGAUAACCCUGGAUUUUACAACAUUUUUUGUAAAAAUACUCAGAGGCUGAUUAAUGUCCAGGCUUUUGUACUAGCUGCUAAAUACUAUUCAAUGCCAAAUCUUGGUGUAUGCACCUCAUUAGAACAGAUACUGAAAGCAAUGGACAGAAAACAGCAAUCGAAGGUAGAAAUGAAAACAGAUAAUUUUAUGAAUGAUAAGAAAUCACAUGAAGUAAAACUGAUGUCAGAUUUAGUAGAUGGCAUUGCAAAAUAUUAUGGCUUAAACCAGGUAAUUGACCUGGGUUCUGGAAAAGGUUACCUGAGCUCUUUCUUGUCAUUGCAAUAUAAUCUAAAGGUUUAUGGAAUUGAUUCUUCAAACACAAACACCCAUGGAGCUAAUGAAAGAAACAGGAAAUUAAAAAAACACUGGACAGCCUAUCAAAGACGUGCAGAAGCAAAUGUCAGAGAUCAGAUAUUGAAAGAAACCAAGAAAAGUGCAGAACAAGAUAAGGAGAAAUAUAACACAAGCACCAGUGAAAAGUGGUUAAGAACUAAUAAAACCCUACAGAGCCAGGUCCAUGUGCCUGUUUCAGAUGCUGUUGGUAUUGAAUCAGCUGAAAUUAGCCCAGAUCCUAAUAUAGGCAUUACUAAAAAUCAGUAUGAACUGAAGCCUGAGGUUCGGGUACAACUCAUUGAGAACAAUAUACCAGAAAAUGUAUUUCUAGAUAUUCUGCCUACUGAUGCUAUAGAAGUGGAUUGUUCAUCCAGACGUAAUUGCAGAGAGCUCUGUGAAGAAGAGAAAGAACAAAGGAAGGUGGCUUCUUUGAAAGCCAAAGCCAGCCGGUCAAAAGAGGCCAACAUUUUUUCUCCGUUGACAUCAUUCAUAACUGCAGAAACAGAGCUACGUGAUAUUGUUGGAGAUCUGCAGGACUGUAUACUUGUGGGUCUGCAUACCUGUGGUGAUCUUGCUCCAAGCACAUUGAAACUGUUUAAUGCUGUGCCUGAAAUCAAAGCAGUUUGCAGUGUGGGUUGUUGCUACCAUUUGCUUUCAGAGGAACAUGAAAUGCAUGAAGAAGGGACUCGGGGAAUAUGGGGUUUCCCUUUGGGCCGCUAUUUGAAAGAAGAGGGAUGGUUCUGUGGUCGUAAUGCUAGAAUGGCUGCCUGUUUGGCUCUGGAAAGAGUUGCAGUUGGUCAGAUGUUACCCACAGAAUCUUUGUUUUAUCGGGCUGUGCUGCAGGUUAUUGUAGAAGAAUGUUAUGGCAUCAAGAGAAGUGAUCGUAAUAUUGGAAAAGUAUAUUCUAAAUCAUCUUCAUUUUUGGAUUAUGUUAGAAUUUCCUUGAAAAAGCUUGAACUAGAUGAAUCAAAGAUUUCAGAUAGCCUUGUAUUGGAAUACCUUGAAAAAUACAAGCACAGAAUGAAUGAAUUGGAAGCUUUUAAUAUGCUGAAAGUUGUUCUAGGACCUUGCAUAGAGGUGUUGAUACUUCUAGAUCGUCUCUGCUAUCUCAAAGAACAGGACAACAUUGCCUGGUCUGGACUGGUAAAGUUAUUUGAUCCAAUAAAAUCCCCCAGAUGCUAUGCAGUUGUGGCUUUGAAGAAAUAAGACUUUUCACAUGCAGGAUGAAGUAAAUUUGGGGGAAAAUAUUAUAAAUUUGUUUUUAUUUUUACGACUACCUUACAUGAUUAAGAAUUCCAUUAUUUGUGUAUUUUUAUUGCUAAUGUGUUAUGAAAGCAUGGAUAAAUAUGAAAACGUCACAAGAUAGUAGAAACAGAGAUGGCUUUGGAUUCUCAAAAUGGGAACUUUAUUAUCAAGCUGCGAGGCUAUUAUGGAUCAGAGAUUGGAUAAAUUUAGACAAUAAAAAUGUUUUAACGAUUGAAGGACAUGACCUACAGGCAGGUUGGCAUGCCUUCCUAUGGGAUAAACGUAACAAGGCACAUUCAUAUUUCUACCGACAUCAAAUAAGAGAAGCGUUGAUAUGGACAUGGGGAAAGGUCAAAAGGAAACAUUAUAUGAAAUUACCAAGCUGGGUUUUCCCAAUGGAGGCAACGAUUUAUCCGAACACAUUGGAUAAAAAAAGAUGAGAAGAUACAAAGAGUUAUUAGAUAGCCAGGGGAAUCUUAAAUCAAAUGAAGAAUUAAAAAAACAGGGUAUAAUUAUAGACUGAUGGCAAUAUCUACAGACCACAGUCGAGAUAUAGAAAAGAUAUUGAAGAAUAUGGAAUUCAAGGGGUACCACAACAAUUGGAUAGAAUAUUUUCAGGCAAAGAAGAAAAAUCCAUUAAAAAAGCAUAUAAAUAUUUAUUAGAGGUAGAAAUGGAAAAAGAAAUAGUGAAAGGUCCAAUGAUAGCAUGGGCACAAAAUGUAGGCUGUAAUAUAAAUUCAGAGGAAUGGGAAAAAGUAGGGAACAAAAACUGUAAAUUAACACUGUCAACUGCAUAUAAAGAAAAUCAGUACAAAAUGUUUAUAGGUGGCAUUUAACACUGGCAAGAUUGGCCAAAAUGUACACAAAUAUGAAACCGGACUGCUGGAAGUGUAAAUAUAAGGAUGGAACAUUCUAUCACAUGUGGUGGCAAUGCCCCAAAGCAAAGAAAUAUUAAGAACAGAUAAGGAGAUGGUUACAGGAGAUAAUAGGAGAACAAAUUGAAUUUAAAGCUGAAUUAUUUUUAUUAGGAAUAAUUAAUCAAAGGAUAAAGAAGCAACUCCAAUAUAUCAUUUUACGCAUAGUAACAGCAGCACAAAUUGUUUAUGCUCAGUGUUGGAAACUUGAAAAUAUACCAUCCAAUGAGAUGAUUAUACAUAAGGUAUUAGAAUGUGCCGAGAUGUAUAAGCUCAUGUUAGAAAUGAAAGGCAAAGAAGAAACAGAAUUUUAUGAGGUGUGGGAUAAGUGGUAUAACUGGUUAGAACAGAGAAACAAAAAUCUAUAGAAAUAAAUGUAAAUAACUGUAAGAGACACAUGAAACAGUACUGUUAAAAUGUUUAUUGUUAUGUAAAUUGGAAAAAUGGAAAAUAAAAAUAAAAAAGAGAAAUACCUUCAUAAAAAUUCAGCAAAGAAAUUAAAAAAAAGAUACAAUAUUUCUGAUAGUAUUGUCUGAUUAAAAGGGUGAAAAUGCCAUACCAAUGGGUAGGAAAAGGAAUGUCAUAAUUCCAAUUUGGUCAAAAAGCUUUGCCUUUCAACUUGUCUUGAGAAAGACUAACUCAGGGACAUCUAUUGGAGGAGUGGAAAUGUUGAAAAAGUCAAGAUGGUGGCUACAGUUGCAUGAUUAAAGCCCUGCAUCCGCUUUGUUUAUGUCACUCCCUUAAAAAGCGGCGCAGACUUUGAUCCCAUGAUCACAGCUACCAUCUUCACAUUUUAAAUUCUUCCUGAUGGUUCUACUCUUAUUUCUGAAAUCUUAAUAUUGCACCAUAUUAGCCUUACACAGGAAGAAAAGUUGUCACAACCUAGUAGGCUUUGGAGUGAUAUGGGAUAACUGCAGAACAAUUUUUAUGAGAGAUCAUCUGCCUUAUUUUCAUUCUCCAUCCCUCCAUUUGCAAACAUCACUUAAGAAUUAGAAAUAUAAUCAAUGCUCAUGAAUGUAAAUGAAUAUGAAUGUAAAAAGAAGAAAAUGAUCUUGUAAAUAUGUCUAAGCAUAUUUCUAAGAACUGGGAGGUCUUUCUAUUUUGGAGCUAGUUAUUGGGAUAAUUUAGCUGCCCCUCUAAACUGUAUAUUGGAGAGACCUGGUCUAAAAAUCUUGCUUUUUAAAGCCUUCUUAGGGAGAAAGAAAUCUCAUGUUGAAUUCUUAUCUCCAUUCCAGGCUGAAGUAAAUCAUGAGAGAUGCAGGAGCUGAGAUCCUAGGUAUGAACUUCUUGCCAGUCUUUGCUUAUUUCAGAAGUUCUGUGAGACAUCUUUCAAGUCUCUUUAACAGACUGAAAGAACCACCCAGGUUUUCUUGAACAACUGGAAUCAGAUUAAGAGAAAGAAAUGGUAUACAAAUACCUGUUCUCUGAACGAAUCUGAGUCCCUGACUUCAGAGGAACUGUAGGCUUGGAAAACCACAUGCUUGUUGAGUUUGUGCUUGCUUAGCUGACCUGGUCAUAAAACAUUGAUGAGAAUCUAGUGAUACAGUGCAGGACUCUCUUCUGUUGAAAACUCUUUCUACCCCUGGGACCAUGAAGUGGAAUGAAGUAUUCCAAAUCCCUUUCCUAUGUCUUUUACUCUCUUAAUCUGUUUUAUGUAUAUGUGUUCUAUAUUCAUGUAAAAUAUAAUCCAUAUCUUGCAUAUUGAAAUUAAAUCCAUGGAGGAUUCCUAUGAUUUGUUAAAGAAGUUAAAAUUAAUUAUUUAAAAGUAAAUAGUGGUAAAUCUUUGCUUUAAUUUAUUUUGAUAUGUAUACAUAUUCUCAGAGCUCUCGCAAUUAACUUUUUUUCCCUAUUAUUUUGAGGAACUUUAUCAAGAAACUGGUCUUACUAUGAAUAACUAUGUUGCUGAAAUAAUUGGGAAAUGGUGCAUUUGUAUAACAAGAAUCCAGUAGAUUUUGUAGACUGAUUCAUUCAUCCAUGGCCAUGGGAAGAUGGGAUGGGAGGAGACAUUGAAUUAAUUGUUCUUGCUAGGUGCUUUACAUUUUAUGGUUUAAUACCAGGAACUUGUCCUGUAGUAGUUACACAUUUCAUGUAUUACUUCCUGUAAUAGUUGUUUCCAUAGAGCUUUUCAGUGCUAAAUGUUAGACCCUGUGAAUUGACUCAGUAGUAUUUGCAGAGAUAUAUACCACUUGGUAACAAAGGGAGAAUUGCAAGUUUAUUGAAAUUUUGCUGGAUAAAAUAUUUAUCUGUUAGGAACUCCAUAGACUGUAUACAUGAGGCUUUAUAGUUGAUUUAUGUUUAUUUUAAGAAGCCUGAAGAUUUUUGUCAGUGGGAAGUAAAUGAGAAAGUGCACAGUUAUUUUUAUUGGAUUUUUCCAAGAUUUGAUGUAGAACUGGGAACUCACUAUUUCCAUGCAUAAGAUCUAAUUUAAAUACUAUUAAUACGUUAUUAAUGCAAAUGAUGUAAAUUUAUUAAUGUUAAUGAUAACUUGCUAAAAAUCAUUAGUGGCUGUGUAAUAGUUCCACAUUCCUAAUAAAAUAUUUAUAUAUAUAUAUAAA